CAAUCUCAAAAACCCAGUUUCCAGAUUUAGGAUUUCUCGAAUCCUUAACAAAUGUACAAUGGAAUUGGAUUUGUCGACCUCACCAAGAAACCCAACAGGGACAUCCUUGAGCAUGAUCGUAAGCAUCAUAUCGAGCUCACGGAGUAGGGCUACAUCGAUGCUGAGAAUGCUAAGAAGCUUCUUGAGGCCAGGAAAGUGUUGGAAGCUCUUAUCGCUUCCAAUGAGAUCACUGUGCUAUGAUGGAGAUGGAGCCAUCAGCAGAGGCGGAUAAGAGGUUUUGAGGAAAGGAGCCAUCGCAAUCGUGUAUCAAGCAAGCUUGAGGAGAAACAAACCCAGAUCCAGGUU